CCCCCGUGCUCUGCUCGCUUUCCCCAUUCACUGCUCACUCUGCUCGCCACUCCUCUGCCCUGCUCACACUCGGUCUCACUGCAGCGGAGCUGAGCAAUGGCAUCCAAGGCGCUGUUGCUGGCCGUGGCCGUGGCCGUGGCGGUGGCGGCGGGGUGCGCGGACGCGACGGACCACAUCGUGGGGGCCAACCGCGGGUGGAACCCCAACAUCAACUACUCCGGCUGGUCCGCCAACCAGACCUUCUACGCCGGCGACCUCAUCUCGUUCCGGUACCAGAAGGGGACGCACAACGUGUUCGCGGUGAACGAGACGGGCUACGACAACUGCACCAUGGCCGGGGUCACCGGCAACUGGACCUCCGGCAAGGACUUCAUCCCGCUCCCGGACCCCGGCACCUACUUCUUCAUCUGCGGCAACGGCUUCUGCCAGGCCGGCAUGAAGGUCGCCAUCACCGUCGCCCCUGGCAUCUUCGAUCUCGGCCCACAGAUCUACCCCCCGCCUGCCCCCGGCGCCGACAACCCAUCCGCCUCCUUCACCGCAGGGGCGUGGCCGGCAGCGGCAGCGGUGGUCACCGCGCUGGGAGCUGCUGCCAUCAUUGCCCUUUAGGUCCUAACUAGGAGCAUCAUCUGCAGCGAUUGACCCAGACAUGGUCUCCAAUCUAGUCUAAUUGGGGUGCAUUUAACUAGCUAGCUUUCCUGAUGUAAUGUAAGCACGUCUGCAUCGUCGAUUUCGAGUACCAGUAGAAUGUACUCAUGAAUGACCACGCUAGUUGCAAUUCAUCAAGAUAGACCCAAAUCGCUGGGAAAAAAAAGAAGCUCUGCAAUUUAUCCACCAA